CUGAGCGAGCGCGAGCCGGGAGCCGGGGCGGGCGCGGGCAGCGGCGGGCGGCGGGGCUGAGCGGGGCGAGCGGCGGCGGCAGCGCGAGCGGCGUGGGUGGCGGGGGCGCCUCGGCCGGGGCGGCAGCCGGGCGCCGGCGGGAGCCAGCAGCGUCUGCAGCCGCGCCGGCCUCCCGCGCCCCGGCGCGCUCCGGCUCGGCCAUGGAGCUGCCAGCUGUUGGCGAGCACGUCUUCGCGGUGGAGAGCAUCGAGAAGAAGCGGAUCCGCAAGGGCAGAGUGGAGUAUCUGGUGAAAUGGAGAGGCUGGUCCCCCAAAUAUAACACGUGGGAACCCGAGGAGAACAUCCUGGACCCCCGGUUGCUGAUCGCCUUCCAGAACAGGGAACGGCAGGAGCAGCUGAUGGGAUAUCGGAAGAGAGGGCCAAAGCCCAAACCACUGGUGGUGCAGGUACCUACCUUUGCACGGCGCUCCAAUGUGCUGAGUGGACUCCAGGACUCCUCCGCUGACAAUCGUGCCAAGCUGGAGCUGGGCACUCAGGGCAAGGGCCAGGGGCACCAGUAUGAGCUCAACAGCAAGAAGCACCACCAGUACCAGCCACACAGCAAGGAGCGGGCGGGCAAGCCCCCACCGCCUGGCAAGAGCGGCAAGUACUACUACCAGCUCAACAGCAAGAAGCACCACCCCUACCAGCCGGACCCCAAGAUGUAUGACCUGCAGUACCAGGGCGGCCACAAGGAGGCACCCAGCCCCACCUGCCCGGACCUGGGCACCAAGAGCCACCCGCCCGAUAAGUGGGCACAUGGCGCUGGAGCCAAGGGCUACCUGGGAGCUGUGAAGCCCUUGGCUGGUGCUGCUGGGGCUCCAGGCAAAGGCUCUGAGAAAGGCCCCCCCAACGGGAUGACACCGGCCCCCAAGGAGGCAGUACCGGGCAACGGGAUUGGGGGCAAGAUGAAGAUCGUCAAGAACAAGAACAAGAACGGGCGCAUUGUGAUCGUCAUGAGCAAGUACAUGGAGAAUGGCAUGCAGGCGGUGAAGAUCAAGUCCGGUGAGGCUGCCGAGGGCGAGGCUCGCUCCCCCAGCCACAAGAAGCGUGCUGCCGAGGAGCGCCACCCCCAGGCCGACAGGACUUUCAAAAAGGCAGCGGGUGCAGAGGAGAAGAAGGUGGAAGCGCCCUCUAAGAGGAGGGAGGAGGAGGCACCGGGGGCCAGUGACCCGCAGCCCCAGGACGCUGUCUCCCGCAAGCUCUCGCCGACCAAGGAGGCCUUUGGCGAGCAGCCCUUGCAGCUCACCACCAAGCCUGACCUGCUGGCCUGGGACCCAGCCCGGAGCACGCACCCGCCCUCCCACCAUCACCACCACCACCACCAUCACCACCACCACCACCACUCUGUGGGCCUAAAUCUCUCCCACGCACGGAAGCGCUGCCUCUCCGAGACCCACGGCGAGCGCGAGCCCUGCAAGAAGCGCCUAACGGCUCGUAGCAUCAGUACCCCCACCUGCCUGGGAGGCAGCCCGGCUGCGGAGCGCCCCACCGACAUGCCCCCUGCCGCCGCCCUCCCGCAGCCUGAGGUCAUCCUGCUGGACUCGGAUCUGGACGAGCCCAUAGACUUGCGCUGCGUCAAAACGCGGGGUGAGGCCGUGGAGCCGCCCAACGCCCUUCAAGUGAAGCCUGAGGUGCCAGCGACGGCGGCAGCAGUGGCAGCUGCGCCGACAGCGGCUGAGAAGCCUCCAGCCGAGGCCCAGGACGAGCCUGAGGAGCCCCUGAGCGAAUUCAAGCCCUUCUUUGGGAAUAUAAUUAUCACCGACGUCACCGCGAACUGCCUCACCGUCACGUUCAAGGAGUACGUGACCGUGUAGCCGGAGGGCGUCGGAAGGGGAAGCGCCAUCCCCGUGGGGAGCUUAGCGCCCGGGAUCUGGGGAUGGAGGAAUCCUCCUUUUGCCCUCUGCGGGAGAUCCUGGCUGGCCCCCAGUUCCAGGACGCCCGAAGCCGGGUAACCACAUCCCUCUGUAUCUGGCUGUGGGAUCUUGGCUGGGGGACCGGCCCGACCCUGCCCUGAACUGGCGCCUUGCACGCGGUGCGUGCCCCCUCCCUUCCCUCGCGGACUUCCGGGACUGACAGGGCAGCCACAGGCAGCGGUCUCAGAGUUAUAGUAUUAUAUUUUAACCGUGCUAACUUGUCAAGUGCAGACUUUACUCCCGUUUGUACGUGGUGUUAUUAUUGAAAUGUAUCGUUUGAGCUCAAAAGGCCCGACCACCCCCUUUGGGCUGAUAUAUAUAUAUAUUUAUUUGUAGGUAUUUAUAUAUUGAAAUAUAAAAACCUAGAUUUAUGGAGUUUCCUCUAGAUCAUGUUAUAUUCUAUAUCAGACAAACUAUUUUCUGUUGACCCUUCUCCCCGUUCAUUCAGUAUUUCGGUUGAUGUUCAUUUCCUCCCCUUCCAGGAACUGCAAUACCAGUAACCUUGGUAUAUAUUUUUUGAUACCGUACACAUGGAUGUGUUGUUUCUAUGUGCAAAAAGAAAAAAAAAGAAAAAAGUUUGUUAAAAAGCUAAAUGAGCUCUCUAGAAACUGCUGCUACUAGAAAUGUCUAAACUAUAAGCUUCCAAUUAUUACCUGCUUGAAUGUAAAUAUUAAAUGGAAAUGUUGAAGGUG